UCUAAGCCAACACGUGGGGCACGUUGGUCAAACAAAUUUAACCCGCCGUUAUUGUUGUUUCCCAAAAGUGAUGAAAAAUAAUUUAAUUCCAAAACGAGGUGAAUUACUGAUGACUGAUGUGUUACAUUAAUUUUUAAUAAUGAAAUAAAUUAUGCUCUUAAAGUUUGUCAUUCGGUGUUGUCGUAAAUACCAGCGAGAUUUCAAGUGGAAAUACCGAACAGAGUUUCGUAGUUUUCAUAAUGAAGUGAGUUCCGGCUUAUCACCAGCCUCAUCGGGAAGUAUAAAAACGACCUUGAGACAGCACAAUGUUAAUUUUCAAGAGGGACAUGCUUGUAUUGUUAUCAACUGUCCCAUUUGUGAUAGUGGUAAACAAAAUGAUGCAAAAUUGUACAUAAACAAGACGACAGGCUUGUUCGUUUGUCCCAACUGUAGACAUACAGGUCCCUGGGACGUUUUAUCCCGUGUGAUCGGGCCAAAGAAAUCUGCAAAGACCGUAGAUUUGAAAGCGAUAAAACAAACUCUUCAUAUUGAAGAGGACUUCUCAGGAAAAUGGACGAGUUUAGUUGAAUCCUGUCAAAAUAUUUCUGAGCUAUCUGAGGAUAGUUAUAAUAAUUUAAUCACGAAUUAUGCCUUUCCAAAGGUUACACAAAGUCAGAUGAGCCAACUGGGCUGUUAUUAUAAGGAUGUUUUGUCAUCUUUUUAUUUCCCUUUGAUAACGAUUGGAAAUAAAAUUGCUGGAUACAAAUGCUUAUCAAUCAGUCCAGUUCUAAAUGAGAAAACUGUACCAAGUAUCAGUGCCAAUGGUUUGAUAAUUUAUAAAGAAAGAAAGGCAAAAACUGACGGAACAGCAGUUGUCGUUCCCUCAGUAGAGGAUUUACUGGCCUUAAUAGCUGAAAGAUCAGCCAACACUGUAAUUUGCCUUCCUUACGGCCUUCAGCAUCUGCCUCUUCAGAUUUUACCAAUCCUUGAACCAUUUAAAAAAUUAAUACUCUGGUUUGAUAACGAUUCCACCAGCUGGGACUCAGCGAGACACUUUGCGAAAAAAUUGAACGAAAAGAGAUGUUUUUUUGUGAGGCCAACGAAUCAUCAGCCCAGGCCUAAGGUGGCUGCAGUUAGGGGAUAUAAUUUGAAGAAUAUCAUUCAGGAAGCACAGCCCAUUUGGCAUAAAAGUAUUACUACCUUUCAUAGCUUGAGAGAAGAUAUCUUGAGUGAUCUGCAGAAUAUUGAUAAAGUCCAGGGAGUCAAGUGGAAUAGGUAUCCAACAUUGAAUAGAAUUCUGAAGGGACAUAGAAGAGGAGAGUUCACGGUUCUAACUGGUCCAACAGGCUCAGGAAAAACAACUUUCAUCAGUGAAUAUUCACUGGACCUUGCAAUGCAAGGUGUCAACACCCUUUGGGGUAGCUUUGAAAUCAGAAAUACAAGACUGGCGAGAACCAUGCUCCAGCAAAUGGCUGGAGUGUCACUGGAGGAGAAUCUUCAGGAUUUUAAUACUUAUGCAGAUGCAUUUGAGAAGCUCCCAUUAUAUUUUAUGACAUUCCACGGCCAGCAAAACUUAGCAAUAGUGAUGGAGGCAGUGGAGCACGCAACGUAUGUUCACGACAUAGCACACGUCAUCAUUGACAACGUUCAGUUUAUGAUGGGAAUGUCAGAGUCCUCGAAACACCUCGACAGGUACUGGAGGCAAGACGUCAUUGUCUCGGCCUUUCGAUCCUUUGCUACGAAAAAUAAUUGCCAUGUUACUUUAGUCAUCCAUCCGAGGAAAGAACGCGUGGAGGAGGAUUUGACCACAGCCUCGAUAUUCGGAGGAGCUAAAGCCAGCCAGGAAGCUGAUAAUAUCCUCAUCAUUCAGGAUAAAAGACUGACGAGUCUCAGGGGUAAAAAGUACCUGCAAAUUGCCAAAAAUCGAUAUAGCGGAGACCUGGGGGUCAUGAUGAUGGACUUCGAUAAGGCUAGUCUCAGUUAUCAGCAGAAGAAGAAAAGCAAAAGUGAAGAGCCUGUAGGCGAGGGAAAAGAUAAACAAUUUAAGGAAAAUAGAUGACAGUGAUUGUCCAAUCAUGAAUGAUAUUUCAAAUAUUUUAUGAAAACUCAAUUUUGUACAAUUGAACUUCAGAAAAUCCAUACCUUUGGAUUUAUAACUUCGUUACUCCUUUCUUCAAUCUUGCAAUUGGAUUUUCCAUACACAAAGUUAUUGAAACAUUGAAUUAGAUGUCAACAAAGUUUAUGAACCAGUGUGAUAAUAUAUUUUCGGAUAAUGAAUCUUGCAAUUAUAUCCUGAAAA